CUAGAAUUUUUUUAACUUUCUAUCGUGAGUGAGACUAGUGAGAGUGAAGAGUGUUGGAUCUCGAUCUCGAAAUCUGUUUAAGAAGCGAUCAGUUACUUUUAUUACAGUAGAAAAAUAAGUCAUCGUGUAUUAAAAUCGGACGUGAAAUCUAGUUUUUACGCAAUAGAGCCCGUCGGAUUUUACAAUAUUUUGUAGGCUGCGUUAUCAAUGUUAUUUUGGUGACAAUGAGCACUAUUUUUGAUAGACUAGGCCUACAUCUUUAAAAAUGUCUUUAACAAUUCAACAAAUCCUGCAAGACGCCAAAAAACUGUCCAGCAAAUUGAAGGAACACGAUUCGGCAGCUGAUGUGAUCCUUUCACAGACUCAGUCUGUUUAUAAAAAGAUUGAUGCAAUGAAACAGUACAAGGAUGAGGUGGGAGAGCUGAAUGAGGCUGCAAGACAACGGCCACACUCCAUCCUCAUUGCUGGCAUCCAACAGGAGAACAGACAUCUGCGGGAACUACAGCAGGAGAACCGUGAGUUGCGAGCUGCAUUAGAGGAACACCAGAAUGCCCUGGAGCUCAUCAUGAGCAAGUACCGACAACAGAUGACUCAUCUAGUCAACAUGAGUCGUCAGGACUACCAAUCUCUCUACAAUCAACAGUACACUCAUGUGAUUGAAAAACAAGCUGACAAAAUUAGUGAGAUGGCUGCUGUUAUGAAGAUGGCUGCUAGGGUUGACGAUGACAACGGGGAUAAAGAUGAGGCAAAGAUUGUCCAGUUGACAACAGAAAACAAGGGUCUAAGAGAGCUUCUUGAUAUCUCAGUGAAAUUUGGUUCAACGGCAAAUGAAGAAGAAAGAGAAGAAGAAGAACCCCUAGACACAGGAACUAUAAAACUAAAGCAUGAAAAAACAUAAAAAGACAUCAUUAAACAGAAAAGACAUUGUUCACAAAGAAGUGGUGGAAAUGUGUAAAGUUAAUAAUAAUAAACAUUGGCCAUCUUUUAAUACCUUCAAGAGAUUAGAUCAUUUUGGUGGGGUGUGUAUAACCAUCGACUUAAUAUAUUAAAGUGUAGGUGUAUCCAUAGUCAAGAGUUUAACCAAGGCUCAUAUGAAAAAUAACAAAUGUUUAACAACCUAAAAACACAAAAACCCAGUUUUAACGAGGUAAAAUUGUAUUGUUAGUUUUGUACUUUUUACACUGCUAAUCGUUUAAAAUGUUAUACAUGUAACAACAAAUUUUAGUUGCUUAAAAUCUCUUGUGUUUAAGUAUUUCUUGUGCAGUUUUGUGUGUAACAUGACUGAGAAUGUUGACUGGUAACCUUUUGUAAGAAUUUCCUUUGUUAUAAAUCAAAAAUGUUAAUCACAAAAAUGAUUUUGUUAAGGUAUAUAUCGUCGUUUGCAAGAAGAAAGGGCGUAAGUUCAUCUAGGCUUAUCAUAUGAACUUACGCCCCCUCAUCUUGCAAACAUAGAUACUCCAUAUGUUUGUACUAGCUGCUAUAGUUCAGUUGUUGUACUUGUAAGCUGUUUGUACCCAUGCUUUGCAACGGAAAGAGGAUGCAAAAGAGAAAAAUGUGGUUCUUAGAUCUGCUGUAUGAAAUAGAAUACACAUCCAUUAUUCAUUUUAGAAACAGAACUUUUGAUUUAAUUUGAAAAGAUUAAAUUAUUUAAUAGUGUAGGCCUACUUACCUUAAAACCCCUACCUGUACUUAAGUCAAUAAAUCCUAAAGAAUUUUAACAUCAUAGCGUAACGUAACAAUAAAAUCAAUGACUUGAUAUUGAUUUUUAGCGAAUUUCCUAUAUAGGGAAUAAGAUAUUACCGUAGGUCUCAUAGUAAGACCUGAACCUGGGACCGAUUUACUUUUUCGUUUUGAUGUCCCCAGAGGCCAAAAACACCAUCUAUUCAAAUUCAUAUAUGGUGUUUUCCGAGGAUUUUUAAUUUUUUUGUUCAUUAUAGGGUUUUUGGGAGACCCUAUAAUAAACAAAAUAGUAUAUAAAUCGAUUGGAAUUGGUUACAAGGCUGAGAAAAAUCCAGUUUCCACCCUAUCGCCCUUUAAAUUGUCCAUGUUAUUGCUAAUACCUUUUUGUAGUUGCAGUUCAUAAAACAGCUGAAACAGGCAAUUUUUAUAGCAAUCUUAAAUUUUCAUAACGGGUUUUUUUAAUGAGUUGUAUUAUUUAUUAAAGUUAAAUAAAUGUAAUGUUUAUUUUAAAUUCUAGCAAAGCUCGGUCUCCUGGUACUUUGGCACUUUAAUACUUUUAAUACUUUUCAAUGAAAUGGCGACCAUACAAAGUAGGUAUUUUAAGCCAAGUAUGAAUGGAGAUGAGUGUAGGAUGAGUGGCGCGAUCCUGUAGUCUUAUUAGUGCCUAAGGCCGACUUAUUCCUUAGACACAGCUGUUAAUUAAUAGCCCAUACAGCUAAUGGCAACUAAGGGACCUACAGUUUUUAUAAUGGAAUCCGAACCACAUUUUGGUGUUCAAAAAUCACUCAAGGAAGGAUGCUGCAAGUACUAAUACAGAUAUUUUAACAUUAGUUUAUUGGUACUGGUACUUCCUCUAAGAACCUUUGGUACUGUAUGAAACCACUGUAUGAAACCUCAAUAAUACAUACCUUACUUCUAUUAAACGUAUCUUAAAGCUCCAUCUAUGCACUAUGAAAUGUCAUGCUGUAUUUGUAAAGCAAUAUUUGCAUGUAAAAGUAGAGUAGAUGGCCAAUCAUUAACAGGUAUAUUUUUUUUUGUCAUUAUUUAUUCAAAGGAUUUUUGUUAGUUUAAAGUGUAAAAUAACCUUCCAUGUGAGAGGAUACACCGUGUUCUGUUUGAAUCUUCCGGUUUCCGGUGUGUUCCAAGAGUACCAAACUUUACGGAUGGACAAGAUUUUUUUUGUAAUAAAAAAUGUCUACUCAAUCCAUUGCUUCCAAAGGACGAUUUCAACUUAUUUUUAUUAGCCUAUUCAGAAAUGUUUUAUAACUUUCAAAAAUGUAUGUUCCACUUGAAAAGCAAAUCAGUCUUACUUCCUCAUGUACAUUGUAAAGUAGAUAACCAAGCAUUAACUUAUUGUUGAUUCUAUCUUGUACUGACAGUUCUAAAGGAUCCUUGUUUUAUAAAAAACUACUAACAGAAAUUAUAAAUGAACAGUUAAGUUGCUUUCAAACAAUAUAUUGUUGUGUUCGUUGAUAGAUAGUGACAAACAAUGUGUAACCUUAUGAGUCAAAGCAAGGCCCCACUAGAAAAACAGGCCAUGCUGCAGCGCGGGCAGCAUCUAUCGACUACGUGACAGUGGUUGAUAGCUGUACUAAAAUGUUGCCGUUAAAAUCUGACAAACAACCAGCUUAUUUACCUAAAACAUAUGGGACAUUGCAUUGAAUCAAGGCCUGAAUCCGUCAACAAAUCUAUUCACUAGUGUAACGUCAUGGAUCCUGCACCAUGGCCUUUUUCUCUAAUUGGUUCUUGGUCAUGUGGUUAUUGUGGUUGUACAGUGAUAAAUGAAUUUCAUAAUGAACAUUUUAUAAGAUUUAUUGCAUUAAUAAAAAAAUAUAACAUCCAUGAAAAGAAAAGGUAAACAAGAAAGUAAAUAUUUAGAUAACAAUAAUUGGUAACAUAUAUUUUAAGUUAAAAUCAAUUAAAUACUGACAGAUGAUUAGGUACAGCCACAGUCAAAGGUGGCCAUCCAAAACAAGAAGGAGCCUUCUGUACUAGCGUCUAGACUGCCAGUGCAACUCCGAGGAUCGUGGAUCAGAGGCGCUGUGGCACCACCGCACCAUGUCGUACGCUUCCGAAUCGUACCGGCUCAUCAGCAUAGCCUAUCUAACUGUUCGCGGAAAAUUGUUAUCUCUAUCACUGUCAAAAUGUAUAAUUUGUAGGUUAAAUUUAAAUUAAAUACAACUAAACUGUCAUAACCUAACCAAACUUGCUAAUAAUGAUAAACUCGAAUGAACUUAAUCGAAAAAAUAGCUCUGUUCUAAAAAUAAAAUUAUAAAUGUCUCAAAUUCAAUUUUAUAAUUUUUAAUUAUAAAAUUAAACUGUCAUAACCUAACCAAACCAACUUGCUGAUAUGAAAAAAUUUGUUGACAAAAAGUAAGUGCUACCAACGGGAUUCGAACCCGGCACCUUCAGAUUAUUAGCCCGACGCGCUAUCCACUACACCAGCAAGGCUCAUGACUCAGCUCCGUAUGGUUGCGGUUAUGGUUGACGUCACGCCAUCGGCACGGAGCGGUGGUGGGGGGUUUUCCGAUCUGAUCCACGAUCCUCGGAGUUGCACUGGCAGUCUAGAUGCUUAUGCCUUCAGUAUGCAAGUAAUAUAUGUAAAUAGUCUUAACUAUAUUAUAUAUUUUAGUGUUUUAAUAAUAGCAUUGACUAUAAAAUCAGGUAAUUGUAUAUCUUUCAAUGAGUGAUUCAGGGUGGUUAUUUGUUGAUUGUUUGUUUUUAUGUUUUUGUUUACUAUUUAUUAAAAUUGAAUAACACUAGA